ACGAACGGGUUUGGACACGAAACAUCUAGAAACCGUUUUUCUUUGUGUUUAUACAUUUGCCGUCAACUGCAUGAUAAUCAGCACGUAUUAUUACCGGUCAAGUGGCGUCAGUAAUUCAUUGCGAGUCACGAUAGACCUGAACUACGAUAGACCAAGAGUUAUACUAAACACAGGUUAAAAUGGCUGUUUCACCUUACGGCAACUGGAAGUCGCCAAUUUCUAGUAAAUUUGUCACUACAAGUGGUGUCGGCCUGCAAGAACUCCGAGUGGACACAAAUUCACAAAACGCCGAUGUGGUGUACUGGAGUGAGUUACGCUAUGAAGAACAGGGCAGAUUUGUGGUUUGUUCUUAUAACAAACGCACAACAAAGAUUGAAAGCUGGACUCCACCAGACUUCAACGUGAGGAGCCUGGUACAUGAAUAUGGAGGAGGAGCCUUCUUCAUCUUUAACGGAGCCGUUUACUUCUCCAACUUUAAGGACCAGGUUUUGUAUGUUCAGAAAGCAGCUAACAGCCCUCCUGAGGCUGUUACUGAAGUUGGCAAGAGCUGGAGAUACGCAGAUGGUUUCUACUCCAGCAAGAAGCAAAGGAUCUACUGCAUAAGAGAAGACCAUGAUGUAGUGAAGGAGGGAAAAGCAAAAGAAGCUGUCAACACUGUGGUUGUCAUCAACCCUGACACAAAGACGCAGAAUGUGUUGGUGAGUGGUGCAGAUUUUUACAGCAGUCCACACAUCUCUCCGGACGGGAGACACAUUUGUUGGAUGCAGUGGAAUCAUCCAAACAUGCCUUGGGACAGCACUGAAGUGUGGACUGCUGAUUUAACCGACAGUGGUGAUGCUGUUGUUAGUGACUCUGCAAAAAAGGUUGCGGGAGGAGCUGACGUGUCUGUGAUGAUUCCCACGUGGACAUGUGACAAUGAACUGCUGUACAUCGGAGAUCAGACCGACUGGUGGAAUCUGUAUCACGUGUCUGGGUCGGGAACACACACGAACCUCUUACCGAAGGAGACAGAAAUCGGAGGACCUCAUUGGGUGUUUGGUUCCAGAGCAAAAACCUACUGCCUCGAUCCCAGCGGAAGUGGAAAAAUUGUUACAACUUUUGGAGGGGAACUGGGUAUAUUUGAUUCCAAAUCCAAAGACUACAAGGUGAUCAACACAGGAUUUAAAAACCACUCGUUUGUUGCUUUGACGACUUCAGGAGAUAUAUACUGUCUGGCCGCCAGUCCCACACAAUACCCUUGUGUUAUCUCUGUCAAUGUGGAAAGUGAAAAGGUGAACGUUAUUCUCAAGUCUUGCAAACUGGAGUUGGACACGGGCUACUGCAGUGUCCCUGAAGAAAUAGAGUGGCCAACUGCCAAUGGUGAGAAAUGUCAUGGCUUUUACUACCCUCCUCAAAACAAAGACUAUGUGGCUCCAACAGACACACUUCCUCCACUGCUGGUUCGUGCUCAUGGCGGGCCUACCAGCACAUACUCGUCCAAUUUAGACACCAAGAUACAAUACUGGACCAGUCGAGGGAUAGCAGUCCUCACUGUCAACUACAGAGGUAGCACGUCCUAUGGAAAGCAAUACAGACAUAGGCUCCGUGGAAAUUGGGGUAUCUGUGAUGUGGAAGAUUGCUGCAGUGGUGCUCUGUAUCUUGUGGCCACCGGGAAGGUUGAUGGUAACAAGCUGUGUAUUGAUGGUGGCUCGGCAGGAGGGUACACGACUCUAGCCUGCUUAACAUUCAAGAAUGUUUUCAAAGCAGGUGCUAGCCACUAUGGAAUUGGAGACUUAUCAGCCCUUGCGGAAGACACUCACAAGUUCGAGAGCCGUUACAUGGAUACAAUUAUUGCACCGUAUGAUACUGAUGAAAACAAGCAAAUCUAUGCUAAACGUUCUCCAAUUCAUUACACUGACAAGUUAAACUGUGCCAUGGCCUUUUUCCAAGGGGAUGAGGAUAAGGUGGUACCUCCAGAUCAAUCAGUCAAAAUGUAUGAGACUGUCAAGGCAAAGAAACUACCUGCACUUUUAGAAAUGUUCAAAGGAGAACAACAUGGAUUUCGGAAAGCAGAAAACAUCCAGCGAGCUCUUGACGUAGAGUUUUACUUCUUUGGAAAAGUUCUGGGAUUCGAACCAGCAGACAAACACAUUACUGUGAGAAUUGACAAUCUGGAUGAGAAUAAAGGUAUCAAGGAUUAGCAAUCUAAAAAAUAAAAAACUAUUUCUUUGAUGGAACAUUCCACAAGUCUCUUUCAUGUUUUUUUUAUCAAAUUAUAUACUGUAAAUCAGGAAAAUAAUGCAUCAUGAUAUUGCAUUUCAACAAGUACACUCUAAAACACAUAUUUUAUUAAUGUGUCCAAUAAAUGCAAAUUUAAAAGAUCACAUUACAAAGAAAAAAAGUAAGUUAGCUUUCAAUAAAUACACAAAGGGCAUAACUGUGUUGUAUUAAAGUUUAUAUUACAACAGUUAAACAAAAGCAGUUGACAUUUGUUUCGAGAGUCAAACCAGUGGUAGCCAUCCAUGUUUUGUUAUUUUUAUUUGGUAGUACUUUACUCCAUAUUUCAUGCAGAGCAUCACAAAAUGGCAAGUUGUUGAUUGUUUGUUUCACUUGUCCAACAUGUAUUUGCUUUAAGUUUUUUUGUCUUAUUUUACAUAAUCACUACUAUUAACAUAAAAUAGUACUGGGACUUUCAUUCUAACAGAUGAUCACUAUGUGUGUUGGUGUUGGUGUUUGUAUUUUUGUUUUUUAAUUUUAUUCUUAUUAGAUUUAUUGGUUAAAAUAUAAUGCAUAAAAUAAUUAUUGCACUAUAUUUUGGUCCCAUUUUUCAAAUUAAUAUUGUGCUCACAUUUAUUUCAUAAUUUACAGUAUCUAUUUUUCCUAUAUUUAUUAUUAAAUUACAAGACAUACUGUAGAUAAUGAAAGUUUGUGAGCAACAACAUAUUACAAAAACACUGAGUGGCUUAUUAUUGUAGUAGCAUAAUUUUUGUUUUGUUUUUAUUGUAUUUUGUGGGGGCUGGGGGGGUUGAUGUGAACAUAGUAAUACCGGCAGUAAAAAAAACCCUCCCAAAACCUGCCUUAUUUCAUUAUAAAAACAUUAAUUGAUCCUGAUGAAUGUAAAAGAAAUAACAGAUGAAUGAUAUACCAGUAAUGUGAUUAUAAGUGACUCAAUAUCAAAUACAAAUUCUGCAUUUGAUGUUUGGUAUCUUGAAUGUUAAAACUUAGCUUCCUAAUUAACACAACACAACACAACACAUAAAUUGUGCAAAAUGAAUUCUUAAGUGUGUGGCUAUCAAUUGAAGAUGCCAAAUUUUCUACACACACACUAUGCUAUUGUUUACCACUUGAAAAAUCUUCAUGCUGCAGUACAUACUAGUAGUAGAGAUCUACAGUAUUUUGGGUCAGAUGUGCUUGUCAAGUAUACAUGUACUUUUUAACUGUUGUGUUAUUUUAUUUCGAAUACAUUUGCCCCCACCAUUUAUAACAAGACUAUUUGAAGAUAUAUAGAGAAUAAUAAAUGAGUUACCAGUUAUUAUCAAAUUUAUGGCUCGAGUUAAAUAAUUUUCACUUGACAUGAGCUUUAGGAACAUAAAUUUGAUAAUAACUGGUACUGAGUUUGUUAUU